GCCCCAACUCGGUUCGCUUUCACUCGCGGUAGUCAAUUUUCAGAGUUCCGAGAGUGUUCACAGACCAGUUCCCGACGAGACCUAACAAUGGCGAUGGCUUUCAAGAUGGCAACCACUGGAAUGUGGGUGAGCGAUGAGUGCAAGAACUCGUUUAUGGAGAUGAAAUGGAAGAAGGUGCAUAGGUAUAUUGUGUUUAAGAUCGAUGAAGGAUCGAGGUUAGUCACCGUUGACAAGGUCGGUGGUCCGGCCGAAAGCUACGAUGAUCUAACUGCCUCAUUGCCGAAUGACGACUGUCGAUACGCAGUGUUCGAUUUCGACUUCGUCACCGUUGAUAAUUGCCGAAAGAGCAAGAUCUUCUUCAUCGCGUGGUCGCCCACCGCAUCAAGAAUUAGAGCAAAAAUUCUAUACGCAACUUCGAAAGCCGGGCUGAGGAGAGUGCUGGAAGGCAUUCAUUACGAGGUUCAAGCAACCGAUCCAACUGAGAUGGGGAUGGAUGUGAUCAAGGACAGAGCCAAAUAGAUCAAAAAAAAAAAAAAAAAAAGGUAAUCAAUCUUUAGGCAUCUUUUACUUUGGGUUUCUAAUAAUGAAUCACCACUCCAACCACAUCCAUUAUCUGCUUUUCAUUCUUUGUUUGUUCACUUUUUUGCCUUUUACUUUGUGUUUUUAGAUUUUGAGCUCUAAUGUAAUUAAAAGUAAGAUAAAAGAAAAUUAUCUUCCAAUGUUGAGAACAAUUAAAGCCCCUUUUCCUUGUAUUGGCUUGACUCUUGAAAAGGUGAGCUUAUAAUCUAUCUGGUGUAUAAUUUGAUCUACUAAUUGUAACAGAAUUAUAUAUUAAGGCUACAUUUUAUGCAAUUAUUUGUAAA